ACGAAACAAGAGAAGAAGAAGUGGUCCGUGGUCCAUGAUUCAUUGUUAUAUAUUGCUGUGCAUUACUCGAUGUAAUAAGAGAACUUCAACGAUAUUAACUUAAACGUAUUGCAUUGCUACAAAUCUUAAUAUAGUCAAAAUGGUUUUAAGUUCAACCACGAAACAGAGGAUAGCCAUCGUUCUGAAUGUGAGCAAAUUCGUAUUUCAAUGGGGAUUUAUUCCUGCCGUACUCUUUUUAGGAUUCAGCAAGGGUGCUGACCCAGGCAUGCCUGAAUUAACCCUUAUGAACUUAUUAUGGCAGUAAGUCUUUCAUGGAUUCAUUCCAAAAGAAUUAUGAAUACCUUUGAUGUUACAUGAAUACAUUUUAUUUAAGGUUACAAUGUUUCCAAUUAUCAGAGUAAUAGACUGUAUCACAUUAAAUAAAUGUUAUAUUGU